AUGUUAAUCAAGCGCAAACCUGAGAUUAGCGAGGAGGAGUUCCACAAGUACUGGACAGAAGAGCAUCCAGCCAUCGUCAAUGAAUGGCUCGCAAAGCAUGGUGUUGUGAAAUACGUUCAAUACCACCUCCCAUCGUCAUUCCGUGCGCAGAGCGAACAAGUCUGGACCGAGCUCGGCUCUGAUCACGUUAGCGACUUCGAUGGCCAUGUAGUUCUCACUGUUCCCAACCUCGACGCACUGAAGAACGCCCUGGCCGACCCCUACUACAAGUCCCAUGUCCAACCAGACGAGGCCAAGUUCAUCGACGCUAAGGGGUGCUACCGUACAUUUGGUUAUGAGCAAAUAUACAUCAAGGAUAACAAGGUCAUCUCUGACGGGGUUUCAACAUCGAAGUUAUAG